AUGGCUUCCUGUAAUUGUCGGUGUUUCUGCUGCCGUAUUGUUAGUAAUUAUUGGUGCUGUUACGUGUUUGUGUUUGACAAAAUCAAGAUCACUGGAGACUAUGAUGUGUCAGUAAAGUUACUGGAGUACAAUAGAGACCAGGACUGUAGUUGUGAUGGUGGAUUUUGGGGAUGUCACGAGUGUGACGUUUAUUUCCAAGUUUGUCUGCAACCUUUACUACCAGUACCAAAACAGACGUGCUAUGGAAAUGAUGGAAAUCACCGAGUCGUUGACACACAUCACUUUUUAUUCACUGACGCUCUGAGAGAUGCUGAUUCCUACACGUGGAGGAACAUCAAAGGGCAGCCCUCAUUUGGUAUACCAGUCUAUGUCUACGACUACGAUUCUGUCGGUGGCAGUGAUGAUCUUGGCGUGACAAGUUUUGUGUACAGAGGAAAUACAACUACAGGAUUGACAGUAACGACAACACCUGGAAAUAAAAACCUAACUAACAACAACCAUGAAGCCAACAACAACAACUACCACAGAAACAACAACCAUGAAACCAACAACAACAAAUACCACAGCAACAGCAACCAUGAAACCAACAACUACCACAGCAACAACUACCAAGAAACCAACAACAACAACAACUACCAUAGCAACAACAACCAUGAAACCAACAACAACAAAAACUACAACAGCAACAAAAACCAUGAAACCAACAACAACAACUACCGUAGCAACAAAAACCAUGAAACCAACAACAACAAGUACAACAGCAACAACAACCAUGAAACCAACAACAACGACGACCACAGCAACAACAACUAUGAAACCAACAACAACAAGUACAACAGCAACAACAACUAUGAAGCCACAGCAACAACAACAACAACAAGUACCACAGCAACAACAAUCAUAAAGCCAACAACAACUACCACAGCAACAACAACUAUGAAACCAACAACAACGACCACAGCAACAACAACUAUGAAACCAACAACAACGACGACCACAGCAACAACAACUAUGAAACCAACAACAACAAGUACAACAGCAACAACAACUAUGAAGCCAACAACAACAACAAGUACUACAGCAACAACAAAUAAAGCCAACAACAACUGCCACAGCAACAACAACCAUGAAACCAACAACAACAACUACCACAACACAGAAAACAACACCUACAACAACCAUUACUACUUCAGCCAACAACAACAACUACUUUACCAACAAGAAUUAAACAAACAACAACCAUAUUUUCAAAAACUUCAUCGAAAACAACCAUAUCAACAACCUCCAAUAGGAUAA